CCUCCAGGGCACGGCUGCCGAGGGGCGCGGGCGCUGCCGGAAGCUGGGCGGGGCGCCCGCCGGGAUGCGGUGAAGGGCAGGCGGCGCGGCGGCGGCGAUGAGUGCCUCUGCGGCCACCGGGGUGUUCGUGCUGUCCCUCUCGGCCAUCCCGGUCACCUACGUCUUCAACCACCUGGCGGCCCAGCACGAUUCCUGGACAAUUGUGGGGGUUGCUGCCCUCAUCCUGCUCCUGGUCGUCCUGUUGGCUCGUGUCCUCGUCAAAAGGAAACCGCCCCGGGACCCACUGUUCUAUGUGUACACGGUUUUUGGAUUUACCAGUGUGGUGAACCUCAUCAUAGCACUGGAACAGGACGGAAUCAUCGACGGGUUCAUGACACACUACCUGAGAGAGGGUGAACCGUAUCUGAACACUGCAUAUGGGCACAUGAUCUGCUACUGGGAUGGCUCUGCUCACUACCUGAUGUAUCUGGUGAUGGUGGCAGCCAUAGCAUGGGAGGAAAGUUACAGAACCAUUGGCUUAUAUUGGGUUGGAUCUAUUAUUAUGAGCGUUGUUGUUUUUGUGCCUGGAAACAUUGUAGGAAAGUACGGAACACGCAUUUGCCCUGCUCUUUUCUUAAGCAUACCAUAUACUUGUCUUCCUGUCUGGGCUGGUUUCAGAAUCUAUAAUCAGCCAUCAGAAAAUUAUAAUUAUCCUUCAAAGGUUGUACAAGAAGUCCAAGCGAAGGACCUGCUGAGAAGACCGUUUGAUUUAAUGUUGGUUGUGUGUCUCCUCCUGGCAACUGGUUUUUGCCUGUUUAGAGGCUUGAUUGCUUUGGAUUGCCCAGCUGAGCUCUGCCGACUUUAUAUACAAUUUCAAGAGCCCUACCUAAAGGAUCCUGCUGCUUAUCCUAAAAUCCAGAUGCUGGCGUAUCUGUUCUAUUCUGUCCCUUACUUUGUGAUUGCACUGUAUGGCUUAGUGGUUCCCGGAUGCUCCUGGAUGCCUGACAUAACCCUGAUACAUGCUGGAGGUCUAGCUCAGGCUCAGUUUUCUCACAUCGGUGCUUCUCUUCAUGCUAGAACUGCUUAUGUCUACAGAGUCCCCGAAGAAGCGAAAAUCCUUUUUUUAGCAUUAAACAUAGCAUAUGGAGUUCUUCCUCAGCUCUUGGCCUAUCGCUGUAUCUACAAACCAGAGUUCUUCAUAAAAACAAAGGCAGAUGAAAAAGUUGAAUAAAAACAUUAUUUCAUGUUCUUUUCUCUCUAGAUUACUGACUUUUGUUAUCCUCGUACUGAUAUUUUGUCCCAUUUCACUCCCUUCCCAUACACGAACACUUAAGAAUACAUAAAUUCUUGCUCUGCACUGUAUGUGUGAGCUCUCACAUGGUUUUGUGUGGGUAAAUUUUCUUUUUUUGAAGGAAAAUUGAAGUUGUUGAGAAACAAUUUGUUUAAAGAAAUAUAUUCAAAAUUAUUUGUAAAUAAACUUGACCAUCUAUCUCAAUAUUGUUUGCACAUAUUACAUAUAAGUGUGAAAAAUCACAGUUUAGCUCCUACAAUAAUGAGCAUGAAAACGAAAACUAUUCAAAAGUGAAUAUGGUCUGUGCAUAUUAAAAAAUUCAAAAUAGCAAAUACAGACUGGAGAAAUAUUUUUUGCAUAUAAGAUAUAUAUGCUUCGUUAUCAACCUCAAUAUAAAAGGCAAAUCAUUAGAAUAUUUUUAAAUGUUGUUUGAAAAAUGUUUUCGCAAGGAAAGUAUAUUCUUUACUGCUGUUUUAAAAAUUGCUUUUAUUAAAAAAUUUUUUUGUGUCUAAAUAGAUGAGGAGGGAUCGAUAACUUGAUCAUUAUCCUUAAUGAAUACUUGUUUUAUUGGUGACUGGAAAUAUUUCUAUUGUAUUUCUGUGUACAUUUUUAAUAAAAUUAUUUUUGGCCUUUUA